AUGAAGAAAAGAUACAGUAAAGAUCAAAUUUCGGAGCCUCAGGAUUUUGAGCAUCUUAUCCAUACCGAGAGUGAGCAAGAUGCAGAGGCCGCCUUGAAAACCUUGUCAAGCAAGCUGCCGGCCAAGCAAUUUCCCAAUAUCAAAGGAAAUCGCAGAUCACAAGCCAUGGGAACAGUAGUAAUACGAGAUGUUCCCGACGAGUAUGUACGUAGCUCAGAAACAUCGGAAAUCAUUCCAUCCGUUGAGACUAUCGAGAGAUCAGCAGCUGUUAAGAUUUAUUUUGAAAAUUACUUUUACGGAGUCCUCAAGAAACCGUCGGGGCGAAUGACGAGAAGGUUGUUGCUUGAGAAUGAAUUGGAGAAGAUGACCGUAUCUGAACAGGACAAGCAGUGGAUACGACAAGAAUUACUUGAUCUUGAAUCUGACUAUAUGCGAUUGCUUCGGAAAAGAGUUGCUAUUAGUUCAUUCAAUAUAGUCAAGACUAUUGGUCAUGGAGCAUUUGGAGUGGUGAAACUGGUGCGGGAAAAAGGCAGUGGCAAAUUGUACGCGAUGAAGAUGAUGAGAAAGGCCGAUAUGUUGAAGAAAGGUCAGGAGGGACACGUGCGUGCAGAGAGAGAUAUACUCACUGCUGCUGCUGAAGCUGCUCAGUGGAUUGUCAAGUUGAUUUAUUCAUUUCAGGAUGCUGAUAAUUUAUACUUGGUUAUGGAGUAUAUGGCUGGUGGUGAUUUGCUAAACUUGCUGAUUGAAAGAGAUACAUUCGAAGAAGGUUUUGCCAAAUUUUAUGUUGCCGAGAUGGUUUUGGCAAUUGAAGAGGCACAUCGUCUUGGAUAUAUCCAUCGUGAUGUUAAGCCUGAUAAUUUCUUGUUUGAUUCGGAUGGUCAUAUUAAACUAUCUGACUUCGGUCUUGCAACAGGCUUUCAUUGGUCACACGAUUCAGCAUAUUAUGAACAACAGCGUAAAGAUCUCUUGCAUAAGACCGGUAUCGACAUCGAAACUGACACUCUUACACGUAUGAUGGGUAAAAAGCAUCGGUCAGCGAGAUGGUCCGAAGACUGGUCAGAUGAAUUCGAUGAUGAUAAAGUACCCAAUACAAGAAUAUUAACAUGGAGAGAUAAUCAUAGGAGGAACCUAGCAUUCUCUGUUGUAGGGACUAAUAACUAUAUGGCUCCUGAAGUAUUAAGAAAUACUGGAUAUGAUAGUAGAUGUGACUGGUGGAGUCUAGGAGUGAUAAUUUUUGAAAUGUUGUAUGGGUUCCCUCCAUUCUGCUCUAAAUCCAGACUCGCAACACGUCAAAAAAUUGUCAAUUGGCAACAAACAUUACGUUUCCCAUCUCGUCCGCACCUCUCCCACGAGGCACAAGAUCUAAUUAAACGUCUGAUCUGUGAGAAAGAAGAUCGUCUAGGCUCAAGCCCUUAUGCUGCGUCCACAAGACCAAACAGUCUUUAUACAGCCAACAGGAGACCAGCCGUGCUGGGCGCGAACGAUGCAUCUGAAAUAAAGGCCCAUCCUUGGUUCAAGGGCAUAGAUUGGGCCAAUAUACAUACUGUUAUACCGCCGUUCAGGCCCAAAUUGAAGAACGAGAUUGAUACAAGAUAUUUCGAAGAAAUUGUUGAUGAUAAUCCUUUGGCCCCGCCCGAGGGUGAAGUUGAGAGGAAACCUAAGGAUCCCUUGCUAAGAGACAAACAACAUGGAGACAUUGUAUUGAAUACGAGAAUGCAGAAGGCGUUUGCUGGAUAUACUUUCCGCGGUUUGCCGUUAGAGAAACUAAGAGGCGGAAUGGUUGAGCGCAUCAAACAGCGAGCUGCUGGGAAGGAACAAAGGUUAAGGUCGAGGGCUAUGAGUUUAUAA